GGACGGAAGUGGGGCACGGUGACAGCUUGUGUUUGCAUUUGCCCGGAAGAACGAGCGAUAUCCAUUUCUAUUAAUAUUAAUAAACGUUUUUUUUUUUAUUAUAACUGCAUUUUAACCAUAAAAAAAUGAUUCCCAACGAAGAUAUCGGAGGCAGGAAGAGGGCUAUAGAGGAGAAGCUCAAGCAGGUUACAUUAUUAUCCUUAUAUCCUGUAUAAUGCAUGAAUUAUUAUUAUUUCCCUCCCCAUUAAUGACAUAUUUCUUCAGCUUUUCUCAUUGAUGUAAUUUUAGUAUUCUAAUGUUAUUCUACGUCAUAUUUCAUUAUAGAUGUGAUUUCAGGAUACCAAUAUUAUUUUUCUCCAUAUUGUAUUAUUGUUGUCAUUUCAGUAUGCAUGUUUUUUUAUUUUAAUAUCUUAUUAGCAUUUAUGUAGAGCCAGCAUUUUCACUUUACCAUUAUACACCAGGGUUAUUAAACAAGUCCUACAUAAUGCUCCCCCAUUCCCAUUUGAACUCUGUAGCUGAAAACAUUGAAUGUUUUCAAUUCAGGGUGUAGGUGUCUCUAGUGGCUGUCACUUGAGGGUUUUUAAACUAUCCAUUAAUGGCACAGCUUGAUCAAGGAAUAGCAAAUUUAUGAACAAAAUUAAAAAGCCAGUAACAAAGCUGAGUAUGGCAUUAUACUUUUUUUGGGGGGGGGAGAAGAAUGUCUGAUCAUUGGUCUCUUACAACUGUAUUAUUUUUUUGUCACAGGAAGAAGAAACCCUGAGCUUCAUAAGGGAGAGUCUGGAUAAGAGCGAUCAGUUAACUAACAAUAUGGUAAGUGUGUAUGUUUAAUUAUGCAUUAUUAUUAUUAUUAUUAUUAUUGCCAUGUAUGUUGGGGAACACCAGGCACCAGAACAGCAAUCAUGUACCUGAUAAAGUAUCAUGCAAGAAAAAUCCUUAUUUAUUAGAGUAUUCUACUAAAAACCAGAAAUGUAUGAAUGUUGCAAAAAGUAAACAAACAAGCUAGCCAUUCUGUUUACCAGACCCCCUUCACCAGUAGUGACUUAUUUGUAGGUAUGAAGGGUACUGCCCUACUAAAUAAUCAGUGUCAUAUUAAGAAUAAAAAAAAAAGAAAAGUCUAUUGCCAGUAGUAAAAGAAUAAACUCAAAAAGCGUUAAUUUGCAGAUUUCCAUUAUAAAUUGUAAAGAUAAUCUAUACAGCACUACAGUACAAGAAUUGUACCUCCCCUUUUUAAAGCACAGCACAGAUUGACUCUGAUAAAGAUGAUGCUUGUCAGGAUAAGUUAUCGAGAAUGUGUGUGUGUGUGGGUGUGCGAGCGCGCGCGCGCCUUACAUCAUUUUUGAAAAAUGCCCCAUCUGGAACCACAGGAAGCUGCCAGGAUGAAAACCAAUACAAUUAACCACUAGGUUAUAAGAGCGCGUACAGAACACUGGUUCCCAAUAGGUUGAUCCCCAGAUGUUUAAAAACGACAGAUUCCAUGAUGCUUUGCAAUUCUAAAACCACGCAAAGCAUUAUGGGAUAGUUCUACAACUACCUUUUGGGCAACCCUGGUAUAGAAUUAUCUAAUUAUAAAGCUCAACUGUAAUACCAACAUUGUGUGUUUGCCAAAAAUGUUUCCCUCAGAUACGUGUACUUUUGUCUAUGACAAAAAUGUGUUCACCAAUAUCAAACUGUGGAUCCGGUCAUUGACAUGGUUAUUAACUGUAGUGAGAGGUGUGCCACACACAUUUAUUUGCAAUGAAUUGGUCAUAUCUCUAGUGAUCAAAGGGUUAAGGCCAAUAGAUCGAGAGGGAGUUGAGUCAAAUUCCAUGGUUAUAGUCUGGUGGCACAUCAUCUAUAAACUUCACCAGCUGCUGUUUGCCCCUUUCUUUAACUUUCCAGACCAAAACCAAAUGUUAAAGGGCCACUAUAGGCUCCCAGACCACUUCAGCUCAAUGAAGUGGUCUGGGUGCCAGGUCCAUCUAGGGUUAACCCUGCCUGCUGUAAACAUAGCAGUUUCAGAGAAACUGCUAUGUUUACAUUAGAGUUAAUCCAGCCUCUAGCGGCUGUCUCACUGACAGACGCUAGACGCACUUCUGCGAUUCUCACUGUGAUUUUCACAGUGAGAAGACGCCAGCGUCCAUAGGAAAGCAUUGAGAAAGCUUCCCUAUGGACUGAAUGCACGCGCGGUUGUUGCUCCGCAUGCGGCGGAAGAGGGAGGAGAAUCCCCAGCGCUGAAGGAGCCCGGCGCUGGAGAAAGGAAAGUGUUUAACCCCUUCCUCAUUCUAGAGCCCGGCGGGAGGGGGACCCUGAGGGUGGGGGGGGGGACCUAUUAAUACUAUAGUGCCAGGAAAACAAGUUUGUUUUGCUGGCACUAUAGGGGUCCUUUAAGACCGUGGCCUGAAAAUGGUCAGCUAUAACUCCUGCUUACUGAAUGAUGGGUUCAUUCAAUCAUGCCAAGCAUACACGUGUACUAGCAAUUCUUGCAUACUUUUUGUUUUUCUUCCAGUAGCUGAGAUACCAUAAAUAGCUGCAUUGGGCGUUUUUGUCAAUCUUUGUAUUCAUUUGUAAUGCUGUCAUAAAUGUUCUCUUGUUGCUGUAAAUUUACUAGAAGUUAUUAUUCUGUUUUCAGGUUAUUGCCCAAAACUUCCAGAAAAUUUUAUUUUAGUCAGUUAAUUCCAUAUCUGAACUGCUGUGACUGUAAAACAAAUAGAUAAUUAAAGGGACAUUGUAUGCCAUAUAACCAUUUUCAAUCCAUUUAACACCGAAUGAGGGUCCCUUGCUUCCCAGAGCUCGGUCGACACUGGAGCUGUGGUUAAGGCAGGGAUUACAUACUUUCUUGUUGCCAUGCUCAUACCUGCAAUGACACUCUGAUGGGCUGAAUGUGGUCUGCUGACACUCUCAGCCAAUCACUGCUGUCUAAUGCUUCCUAAUUAGCUUGUCUGUUCUCUGAAACAUUUCUUUAUUCUCAUUUUACUGUCCUUCUUUAUUUAUAGGUAUCUAUUCUGUCCUCCUUUGAGAGUAGACUGAUGAAGCUGGAAAACUCUAUUAUCCCAGUGCACAAACAAACAGAGACAUUGCAAAGGCUUCAGGAGAACGUGGAGCGUACCCUUUCCUGUCUUGACCAUGUCAUCAGUUACUACCAUGUGGCCACAGAGACAGAGAAAGUCAUCAAAGAAGGGUAAAGAGGAAGCUAUCUUGCAAAGGCUCUGUUUAAUUCUAUUAAAAAAAUUCAGAGCUGUGUAUUUUGAUAUCUAUCCACUAAAAACUGGGCAAUCUAGAAAAACUAUAAGCACAUGAGUUGAAAAUUGCAAUUAAACUUGCCUGUAAUCCAGAGAGAAGACAUCCUCUUAACAGUAAUUCAAAGCCCCUAGCGGCUGUCUGCCACUAGAUGUGGGGAUUGCAAAAGAAAAUGGUGCCAUUUCUAAGAAACCGUAGGGCUUUCACCUGCAAGGAUGCAGGUGCUGCUUCUAUGCACCAAAAUCCCUUCAUUAAGAUCAAGUGGUUUUGGCGUUUAUAUUUUGCCUUUAGAACAAUGAAAGUGAUGUUAAUGGGGAAGUGCAUUGCACAGUGCAAUUAUAAAUAUGAGGACAACGAGGAAGCAGGUCCUUCAAGUGGGUAAUUUAUAGGGACUCACUUUGGAAGCGUGCAGAUCUGAUAGAGUACAAGCUACGUGAACGUAUCAUGUACAAACUCAUGUUGAACAAAAGAAAUAAACUAUGGAUAGGGUAUAGAUAAAACUUCCAUCUUUAAAAAAUUAUGUUGCUAAUCAAAUCACCGUCAAAAGAUGUACAGGAUGAAUUGAUAGCUCCGCUCCCUAUGAGGGAAUGUGAGCACAAAUAAUGAGUUACUUAGAUUUGUUUUUACUGUUACACUGGUUUUAUUAGCUUAACAAUGCAAACUAUAGGAUAGUGAGGUCAUUUGAACCUGCCUUAAAAUGUUCGGUGAUGGAGAAUACUCACGAAAAGUUUGAAAGAUGACCGAUAUCUGUUUGUAUAUUGUAGCACUGUUUACCAUCUUAUAGGCAAUAUCAUGAAAUGUACUGUACUGUUAUUGAUACUACAGCUCUCAUACAGUCAUUCGGUCUUGCUGUCACAGAUUGAUAAGACUGAACAAUCCAUUUGUAAUUGGUCUGUGCUCCUAUGCAACAAUAUUGAACUUGUGUAAUGAUUGCUGUGGUAUAACGUAUUCCUGCCUUUACAGAUAAUAAAUAUACAGCUCUGUACAGGUAAUAUAACAAUGUCUGGUUUUAUUCAUUAACCUAUGAGUUAUAAACUGACAUCAAUUUUAAACAAAAUAGUUAUUUAAAAAAAUUAAAAAUCAGUUCUGCUGAAGUGGAAAUUAUUUUCUGUUGCAAGUCCAAAUAAAUAACUGUUUAGUUAAUAACCCCUUAGAAUAAGUAAUUCAUUUAUCAUUUACUAGGUAUAUUUUUACCCCGAAUUUGACCUUACAUUCCCUGCUGCCUUAUAACCAUUUCCUUUCUGUCUCUCAGGCCCUCGGGGCGGUUGGAAGAAUAUCUCGGUUGUAUCGCCAAAAUCCAGAAGGCUGUUGAGUAUUUUCAAGACAACAAUCCGGACAGCCCUGAACUGAACAGAGUUGUACGUUCUCUGGUCCUAGGCUUUGAUGUGACAGCAAAUUAUGCAUUUAUAGUUUUUUUAUUGCUUGGAUUUACAAAGUUUCCAUUAAACCUGAAUAGUUAUGGGUGCUCAUUAUUAAUAGCUGCUUCGCAUUAUAUGGGGUGUUACAAGUACAAGUGGGAAGUAAUUUUCAGAUGAAUAGGUACAUGGUAUAAUCACGUAAAGGGACACUAUAGUCACCAGAACAACUAUAGCUUAUUGUAUUUGUUCUGGUGAGUAUAAUUCCCUUCAGGCUUUUUGCAGUAAACACUGUUUUAUCAGAGAAAAAACAUUGUUUACAUUACAGUCUAGGGAUACCUCCACUGGGCACUCCUCAGAUGACUGCUAGAGGUGAUACCUGGGGCAGUGCUGCACAUUGUGAAGACUGCAUGAAAACCCUCUGCAUGGAGACCCUGAACUUUCCUCAUAGAGAUGCUUUGAUUCAAUGCAUCUCUAUGAGGAGAUGCUGAUUGGCCAGGGCUGUAUUUGGCUUGUGCUGGCUCUGCCCCUGAUCUGCCUCCUUGACAAGCUCUGUUUUCCUAUGGGAAAGCAUUGUGACUGUCUGAGAUCACCACUUCCAGCAGACUGGAAUAAAAGUAAGAUUUUACUAUAUUUAGCAGGGCCAGGGGGGCUAGAUGGUAUUUUAACACUGAAGGGUCAGGAAUACAUGUUUGUGCUAAAAAUGUAAUGAUGGGUGUAAUUGUUUCUAUAUGUUUGUUUGAUCCCAGAGGAAAUAUAUAUAUUUUUUUUAUGUUCAAACCAUAACAGGAAAUUCACUUUGUAAUUUCUGUAAGUUCAACCUAUUGUCUAUAUGUUGUGAUUCUUAGAGUGGUAUACUGAUAUAUUUCUGGUCUUGUACUGGAUUAGUGCAGAAAAAGUUGAGAAAGUAAUGAUACAGCAGCAUGUUUAUAUGUCUUGGUCUUUGCAGAAAUCUCUGUUUGAGAAAGGGAAAGAGUCUUUAGAUGCUGAGUUCCGAGGCCUCUUGCAGAGACAUAGUAAGCCUGUGCCACCUAUUCUUAUCUUGGACUUGAUUGGCACUGAUGAGGAGCUGGAUGCUCAGGAAGAAGGACUCCUGGAACAUUUGCCCGAAGGAAGUCUGCAGGAUGUCAUUCGUAUAUCACAAUGGCUAGUAGAGUACGGAAGGAACCAAGGUAAUUUGUUUGCUGUAUGAGUCAAAUUAAAGUAUUGACUUUAAAUAGAAAUCCUCCUAUUUUUCUCUCUAUUUGGUCUCUGUUCCCUUGGACUCCUAUUUAUUCAUUCUAUUGAUCCUCACUUUCAGAUGGAUUUCUGUUCUGUUUGUAAACUUCUUUACAUUUUUCUCAUGUCUCUAUAUUUGCAUGCUUUUUACUCUAGAUUUCAUGAAUGUAUACUAUCAGAUACGCUCCAGUCAGCUGGAUCGUUCCAUCAAAGGUUUAAAGGAACACUUUCGGAAGAAUAGUUCAUCUUCAGGAGUGCCCUAUUCCCCAGCUGUGCAGAACAAGAGGAAGGACACUCCUACCAAAAAGCCAGCCAAGAGACCAGGUCAGACAAAUGUUGAGAUCACUUACAGAAGUAGCUUCUGAGAGCAUUCUCAAGUAUACACCUCCGCGUGUUUCUUUAGAACAUUUUCUAAUAACGUUUAUUUUCUCCUCAAGGGGCAGACUAUGCAUCAGAACCAUUACAACACACAGUAGUGGUUUUUGCCAGCAGUGCCUUGGUACUAUCCCAUGCUAAGUAGUCAAAUCAUUUUAUAUAUCCCAUAGAACCUCCGGUCUAACCCCCUAUCCUGGCUUAAAAUGUGCUUGUUUGUGCGAAAUUCAUUGACUGACAAAUAUGGAAUUGAUAGAACUGUCAUAAAAUGAGGCAGAAACAGAGGUAUCAGGGGCCAUGAACCAGUUGAUCAGUUUGAUUGCUUACUAUCGGAUAGUGCCAGGACACUCCUGGCGCCAAAAACACUACAUUGGGUUUUUGGGUAGUAAUGAUUAAGGUGUCUAGGCUGACCCGUUAAUCCACGAGUUAUGUUGUACUUCAUUCCAUCGUUUGUCUUUUUUAUUUGCAUAUAAUCACCAAGAUGUAUAUAUGUAUGUGUGUGUGUAUAAGUAACCUAAAGAUAGUAAUGUAAACCUCAUAACAGGAGCCACUUAAAUCAGACCUAUAAAACCUCUCAUAUGGAAAAUUGGAUUUAUGAGAACAAAAUGUGCUGUAGGGCACUCCUGUAAAAAGCCAUUUUCUAUUGGAUGAUUUUUUUUAAUAUUAAUAGUUACAUGAAGUCCUACCAGCAAACUCCAGUGAACAACAACGGUACCCUACUGUAUGCUUGUGUCAUAGUACAUGUAAUCUACACAAUGGCUUAUAGUGUGCUCAUGUGUAAUAUAUAGCAGAUGGUCCCUUCCUGAUGCUCUACAAGAGUAGCAUACUAAGGAGCAGGCAGAUACCUGCUUAUAUUUUUGGAGAAAACUGAAAUUCUGAUUAUAUUUCAUGAGACAUUGACCAUAUUGUUUCCUUUUUUAUAUGUCCCGUUCUCAGUCUUCAUACCAGGUAAUGCGUUUAUUCCUUGCAGUGUGCUGAGGCAUUAACCUAGAUUAAGCAUCACGUAAUGUCCAUGCAGCCUCAUUUAACACAUCUAAGGCAUGUGUAACACCAAGCUUUGAGCCAGCUUCUUUGUUUUAAUAUGACGUAUCCAUGUUUUAAUGCCAUUAUAGCUUUCUGUAAGUCUUUGCACUGGCUGAGGAGUCAGGCUAUCUAGGAUUUUCCUAUUGGCAACACAAGACUUGUUUCAUUCACUUAUGGUUUUUUUUUUUUUUUUUUCUGUUCUCAUUGUCUUUUCAUCUUUCUCUUUAGCAAUUGUUCUUGUGACAUUAAUCCAUUAUUCUAUCAGCCUGCAGCCACCCAAGAGAACAGGCCUCUCCGAGUGUCCAAAGCUAGUGGGUGGAAGGAGCCCUUUUCUGUUUCCCCACCCCACCUCACAUGAACUGGUGGCUUGAUUCUUUACUCUGAUCCUAAAUUUCUCCAGCGCUUUCUUUAAUGCACCAAGCAUGCUGUCACUCUGUAUAAAGGCAAUAGUUUUAUAGCUGUGGGUUCCAACCACACCUUUAUAACCAAAUGUGUGUUAUAAUAAUAGAAGCACUUGAAAAUUUUUAAAGCAAGGUAACUGUGAGCCUGCAAUUUAAAUUAAAGGACUACUCUGGGCACCAUAACAACUUCUUUGCAAAGAGGGUGCCAUCUUACUUUAAGGCGAUAAACCAUUAUAAUAUUCGCAAAUAGCUUAACCCCACGCUUUGGAAUACGGUGCCCCAUCACUCUGCCCAGAUACUGCCUUUCUUAUUCCGAGUCUUCAAUCAGAAUACCUUUGACCGGGCAAUGCUGUUAGAUCGAUAGUGUCAGCCUAUAACUGGCUCCCCAUUCAGAUAAAUGAAUGAAAAGAGUAUAUAUCUUGCUCACUCACUUUUUCUGAAUGCGGAGCUAGUGAUAGGCUGAAGACGUUCGGCUCUGCCCGGUCCAAGGCUCUCUGUUUUAAUCCAGUGAUGGCUAACCUUGACACCAUAAAUUGUUUCUGGACUACAUUUCCCAUGAUACACAGCUAGCGUUUAGACUCUAAAAGCUAGCUGAGCAUCAUGGAAAAUGUAGUCCAGAAACUAUUUAUGGUGUCAAGGUUAGCCAUCACUGGUUUAAAGCCUCAGACCAAGAAAGAAAUUAGCUGGUCAGAUUGAUCGAGCACAGUCUUCCAAUGUCUGUGACUAAACUGCUUAUUAGUGAUUUAACUCCUUGAAGUUAGGACCCUGCAACGUCCUAGCACUAUAUCAACUUUAUUGCAAUGCAGUUGUUAUGUUGUCUAUAGUAACCCUUUAAGCUACCAAUGUCAGAUCUAUUAAAGGACCUAUCACUGCGUGGGAUAUUAAGUAUUCACAGAUUCUUACAGAAACAUUGCUUCAUGCCCUAGAUUCUACAGUUUUGUUUUUUUUGUUAUUGCCAGAAAUUUACAUAUUUCUGGCUAGAAAUGUUGUUAGAUUAAGAUUUACAUUGUCUUUUAAAAGAGAAGCCCUUGAGAUGACAUAGUUCCUGCAUAUCGAGAAUUUAAAAAUGAAACACAUUGGUAGAACAAAAUAUAGAAAUUUACCAAUGAAGACAUGGGACCUGCACAUGUUUUGUUAUUCCAUUUGAUAUACAUUUCAGUUUAGGUUUAUGGUUUUGUAUCUAAAUGGAAGGUACAGUUUGUCAGACAGUGUAAGUUUCUGUGUUUCCUAAAUGGAGUAGUGUCUCCUUUCUGCAGUUUUCAGCAUGCUCUGGCCAUUGGUUACUACAGCACAGUGAUGUUUUCGGAACUAACUCAUUUUAAGAUGGUCGUGUGAUCUUGGGCUGGGGAUUGUCUCUAUCUCUUCUCCAUUUUGGUGUCCCUGGGUUUUCCUGCUCACUCUCCAAGUUCUUGUUCCCCUCCCUCUUCUUUCUUUUCUACACUUUUUGGUGACAGGCACUAUCCGCAAGGCUCAGAACCUCCUCAAACAGUACUCACAACACGGGCUUGAUGGGAAAAAGGGAGGGUCCGGUCUUGGAGUCCUGGAAGGUAAUUUGCAUGUCUUUCAUCCUUUUCUUGGGUGAUUGGUUUUCAAGGGCCUUGCUCGCUUUGAAUCUCAGAUCAGAACACCUUCUCGAGUAGUGUUCUAGAUGAAGAUUUAAAAUCAGCAGUGGUUGAACUCUGAAUUAAAUGGCAUAGCUUUCAAGUGCAGGCUGCAUCCUUUAGAGAAAAUAUUACCCUAUACCUUCGCUCAGCUCAUAAAGGCAAGGCAAAGUGUUAAAGAAAUUAUAGAAGAACUGAAUUCGAAAAUGGCUACAUACAAUAUAUUGUAUACAAAAAAAAAAAGACAAGGCAAUGGAAAAUUAUUGCUAUGUUGUCAAUUGAAACGGAUGUAGCCUGCAGGGUUUGAGAGUUAUGUUAUCUGAAGCUGGAGGGAGCACAUCUUACCUGCACGUUAAUCCACCCAAUUCCACCUUUUUCGGACACCGGACAGCCACUCUGAGUGACCUAGGCCUGUCUGUGACAUGCCAGAUAACUCUAUCCCCUGCCUCCCAACUGAGCAGGUCAUGAUCAAGAAUCUCGUGGCCGAUACCACGGAGAGACCGUGGGAGAGAAACAUGGGUCAGCCACUGGUAAGUACUUUGUUCAGAUGGGACAUACAGGAUAGUCUUCUCACUGCGAGUCAUACAAGUUUGUUUUUUUUCCUAUAUGUCUUGGAGAACAUUACUGUUACAUGACAGAGAAUACCAUUGCCUAUUGGUGAAUGAGCACAAUACGACUGUUACACCUGAAAUGUUAUGAUUCAAUCUAGGUAAGGAAGAUGUGCUGGAUCUGGAAACAGACACCUACAUAUACUGUAUCAGUGCUUUUGUGCGCCUUGCGCAAAGUGAGUACCUGUUACUGAUGGACAUCAUUCCUGAGCACCACCAGAAGAAGACCUUUGAUUCUCUCAUUCAGGUGGGAUACCUUCUACAUUGCAAUCCCCUUGAUGCUUGUGCAAAAUAGAGAACUUUCUUUGAUCAUGGACCUUAUCUUUUAGCCCAUUGAACCUACCUGUUUUUUUUUCUUUACAGGAGAGCUUAGAUAACCUCAUUUUGGAAGGAGAGAACAUUGUCUUGGCCGCCAAGAAAGCCAACUCUAGACAUGAUUUCACGUCUGUCCUUAGUAUCUUUCCCAUCCUAAGACACCUCAAGCUCACUAAACCUGAGUUUGAUAAAGUUCUGCAGGUUCGUAUUUAGAAAGGGGGACAUCCUCUUUAAAUUGAUAUCUAUUCACAAUGUCAAAUUCCAAAGGCCUCACAGAGUAGUGCAAAUAGGAAGGAAUUUUAUUCAGGAUCAUGAGAACAAAAUUCUAUACAAUGUUUCGGUGUCGAACCUUAAUCAUGUAUGACGCCGAAACGUUGUAUAUAAUUUUAUUCUCCUGAUCCUGAAUGAAACUUCUUCCUCUUUCCACUACUCUGUAAAGCCUUUGGAAGUUGAUUUUUUUAAAAAAAUAUUUCUAAGGGACUGCAGGUUCCUUCCACGGUGCUUCAGGCGUGGUAGCAGACUUUAAUGGGUUCUUUUUGGAAUUGGAUAUAUUCACAAUGUAUUCUCCCUUCUCAGGGCACUGCUGCCAGCACCAAAAACAAGCUGCCGAACCUUAUCACCUCUAUAGAAACAACUGGAGCCAAAGCCCUUGAGGAUUUUGCCGAUAGUAUUAAGGUAAGGCACCCCCCAUACAUUGCGUGGAACAUCUAUCUUCUCAGUGUUAUAAGGCUUGGUAUGACUUCAGAAAUGUCCUUUCCGUUUCCUACAGAAUGACCCUGACAAAGAGAACAGCAUGUCCAAGGAUGGCACAGUACACGAGCUGACCAGUAAUGUAAGCACAAAUCAUUGAGAUGGGAUUGUGUCUUUAAUGUUGUUAUGUCUGUGACAAUACAAGUAACUAAGCUACUUACCCUCUUCUUCUUGUUGUCCAGGCCAUCCUUUUCCUGCAACAGUUGCUUGAGUUCCAGGAGACUGCAGGUGCAAUGCUUGCUUCACAAGGUAAUCCUGUGCCACCCCUCCCUUAUCGCAUGCUGCCCCUUCAUCAAUCCAGAACAACCCUGACUUUCUUUUUAUGGAAAGUAUGUUUUUGCUGUAUGUUGUCAUAUAGGUCACCUCCUUCAAACAUCAACUUCAUUACUUGUUUGUAUUGAAGGAAUGAGUCAUUUUAGGAAGCAUCAACAUAAUUUAAAUUUAAUAUUUCUGUAAACCAUUUUUAAAUGUCCUUUUUGAGAAUAUCAUCUACUUUAAUCUCAUCAUUCUCUAAUAAUAGGUGUCUAACUUUUUUUGUAUGUUUUUCUGAUUCUUGACUUCUGACUUAUCCUGUAUACAUAGUAUUUUUGAAACUGAAGAUGAAAAAUGUAAAUUGUUUCACACAAUAUGCACCUACCUGAUAUUAUUUGUGUCUUAGCGGAGUCACUCAUCGUUUUACAUUUUUUGCUUUCUUUUCCUUCUCGUAUCCAUCCAUCCUCUUGUACACUUUCUAAGUCACUGUGUUGACUAUUUUUCUAUUCUGCUUCACCUCUGUGAUUCACAACUUUUUAGUUUUACCUUGUCUCUCUCUCAAACUAUGUUGCAUAUCUUCAUCUAAGUGCUAUUGAGUCUUUUUCGCUUGUCUGUCUCUGUGCUCUCCAUCCUAUUCGUCCUGUGUCUCGCUGUGCUUUCCAGCCAAGUAAACUAUUUCUACCUCUGUGCUUCCCAGACAGAUACAUUAUUCUCUAUCUCUUUACUCUGUUGCCUGAUUAUCUUGUUUCUGUCUCUGUGCCCUCCAACUAAAGUGCCUUGUCUCUAGCACUGUGCUCGCCAAUCAAAUAACCUAGUCUUUAUCUCGGUGUCCCCAUCCAGAUUAUCUCUAGGUCAGCCCUUUCUAACCCAAGUUUUACUAAACAUUUUACAGUGCAGGAUUUUGGCAUAUUCUUAUUUGAGCAAAGGUGAAGUAAAAUAGUAGCAGUUCUCUGGCUGGAUGGAACAGUGAGCUCACUGUCUCUGAUGGCACAGCUUUCUGGUUUUACUGCAAUGCCAGUCUGCAAUAUGUAAAGUGCCUGAGAAUUAUAUUGUUUGAUAGACGAGGGUCAUCACACCUCUAGAAUGUAAGCUCAUUGAGCAGAGCCCUCCCCCUCUCUGCUCCUGUACGUCCAGUUGUCUGGUUACAAUUACAUGUAUGUUAGUCCACCCAUUGUACAGCGCUAUGGAAUUUGAUGGCGCUAUAUAAAUAAUAAAAUAAUAAUAAUCACUGACCUGUUAGUUGCCAACCACUGGUGAAUAGUUUAUAAGUGCUGAUUUAGACAGGGAGUUUCCAAGAUAAGGAUGUCUUAUGUUCAUUUGGAUUUUAGGGACCAUGAGCCUGUUGUAGGUAUUAUGUUUAUUUAUUGAGGGAGCGGGGAAACAACAGGUGAACAUUGAAUGCCUUCAUGUUGUUUGUUCUUCUAGUAACUUUAGAAUCCUCAAAGUCCAGGUGUCUUUAUGUAGCACAGUCCCGGUUCCCCAAUUUAAUUUGCCUAACCAGUCUUCCAUUUUCCAAUGCAUACUACAAUCAUAGGUAUGCAGAUGAAUUAGCAACAUGCUGUGCAUGCACAGUAAAACAAUGAGCAGAAAUCCCCUAUAAUGCACUCCUAGAAGAGGCCACCGUACCCGUCCUUUCAUGUCUGGUCGGUCUGUUUGCUGGAAAGUACUGUAUUUAUCUGCUCCUGGCAGAUAUCCUGAAUAGCAACUGUAUUAAGUUUGGUUUUUUUCUUUUGUUUUUUGUAUCCCACAUUUGUCCAUACAGCCAUUCUAUUUUGUUUUCUCACUCUGUUUCACCAACAUUGUUUUUUGUUUCUAUACUCUUACUUUCUCCUUAUUCUCUGUUUUUGGCUUACUUCCUUAAUCUAUUUCCUUCUUACAUCUCUCAAUUUACAUUGACUUUUCUGCCUUCCACUCGCCUUCUCUUACUGGAAUCCCCUAUAUUAUCUCCUUUCCGACUGCACCCAUAACUUUUUGCUUUAGUAACUUUGUCUUUUCUAUUUACUGCACUAAACUGAUUUAUGUUCCCCCCCUCUUGUUCUUCUGGACCUUUUUCCCACUUUGCUUCUCUCUCCUUUCUCUUCCUGCUCUAUUCUCAAUAGUUCUUGGGGACACUUACAAUAUUCCUAUCGAUCCUAGAGGUAAGCAGUGUAAUAUUCUAAGGGUUCCAUGAAUUCUGUUCCCUGUUUACUAUUUAAACUCACAGUUUGUGAUGAAGAAAACAUUAAACUAUGUAUAUAUUUGGCUCACUUGAUAUUUUUCUUUUCUUUUUUUCCCCAUUGAGAAAAAAGUUAUUGUAUAUAGUCUGCUGCCUAUAUAUUUAGAAUAUAAUUUCUCUUUCUUUGAUCUGACCUCUGCCUUCCUAAGGGUCAAGCUUAAACAGACACUCUCAACUAUAUCCCAUCUAGGAGUUAAAUCACUUUUUUUUUUUUUUUUUAUACAUCCCUAGCUACACCUUCUUUGGCUUAGACUCACACAGCCUUCCUACACACUUCCUGAAAAGCGCUACAUUUUUAUAAUUGCAAAGUGUGUUUAAUUUAUAAUUUUUAAUCUCGUGCUCUAUAAAUUGUCUACUUGAAUCUGGAGCAGCCUCCUGUGUGUGUUUAAAGUUUUCAGUAGAUGAGAACUUCUAAGGUAAAUACACUCUGCUGUAUGCACAUGGUUUUUGAAUUUAGUUGAUCAACAGCUGUUGGAAGUUUUGUCAUUUAAACUCCCCAUCAUUAGAGCUUCAAAAUAGAAGUGUGACAAGUUUUCGUUAAACACGUGCAUUGUCUGUUCUACACUGAUUGUCUUAUAUGUAUACAAUUUAUAGGUGCUGUUAUUUUGUAGUAAAUCUACUACUUCUCUGUGACGGUUACUAUAGAACAUCUACAUCAGAAGCAGGCAACCUUUGGUACUCCAGAUGUUGUUGACUACAUGUCCUAUAAUGCUCUUAUAGCCAUAAUGCUGGUAAAGCAUCAGGGGAGAUGUAAUCCACAAUAUCUGGAGUGCCAAAGGUUUCCUAUCCCUGAUCUACAUGUAUCACUCCCAUGCCCUGAAAUCAGUGCGUGGGAAAAUCUGGCAAUUAUUUCAAAAUGAUUUAAAUGUGUGAGAGCUAUGUCGUAAGUCAGCCAGAUUCUAAUUUGUAAAGGAUGAGGUUUUUUUUGCUGCUAAUUACCACUUUCUAGUUAAGAACAAUAAGAAUGUUUAGGCUGUGCAUUGUACUAUCCUAAAUAACAAAUGUUCGUUUUUGGAAGAUGGAACAGUGGGUAAACUUUAUGGACCAAUUUCUCAUCAGAAGUUGUCAUUUCUAUUAAGUACCAGAAGGGAGCAGUCUAUCACCACUCUUAAAAUGUGGCUUAUGUGUUUUAUGAGACUGUAAUUUUAAACCGGUUUUAUUUUCAUGGGUAGGGGUGGGGGCAGUGUAGCAAAUGGCUCUGUAUUAAAUGUGAUUUGUAUCUGUGGCUGGCAGAUAUACUUUGAUUGCUCCAUCAAAUUCUUAUUUUCUAGUAGUGAGCUAGAGUUGUCUUUGAUGUGCAAGGCUCUCCGGUGUCUGCAACAAACCUUUUUACCAAAAAUAUAAAUUACCAUACCCUUCCCUUUUUUUUUUUUUCUUGGUGACUACGUUUUUGGCAUUUUUAUUACUGUUGGCCACUUCAGUCUCUCUUCCAAGUAACUGUAUUGUUUAGUCAUUCAAUAACAUUAUAGGGUUUUUUUUUUUUUUUGGUGAUUAGCUGUAGUGUCUUUCAUUCCACCUUUGGCUAUUUUGUUUCAGAAACCAGCACGAAUGCUAGCAGUUACAGCUCCGAGUUCAGCCGCCGUUUGCUGAGCACCUAUAUCUGUGAGUAUAAAGGGCUUCGCUAGCAGGAUUGGCGAAUAGGUAUUCAAACAGAACCCUUGUAGCACUUUGAGGUUAUUAAAUUAUCCAUUCCACCUGUCGCUAACUUCCUCUACCCCUUGCAAUCCAGGUACAUCCCAUCUAUCAGCGUUAUUCCCUAAAGUAAAAUUCAAAGUGAAUUCAAGAUGAACUUGAAAUUUAAGGCCAGAGUAGUUGAACUAAAUGCACAGCUAAGAGAAUUUUUCCAGAUCUAUUUUGGGUUUAAAUGUAAAAUUCACUUUGAAUUCUCACUUUAGCCAAUGUGAGAUUUAUUGCAUAGUUCACUCUGCCUAUCAUCCUUCUCUAUCUCACUCUCUUCCAAAUCAGGUUUGGCAUUUUUGUCUUUUUUUUUUUUUUUCCCCUCCCUCAGUUCUGAGCACUAUUAACUGUAGGACUUUCAUGUGUUCUGUUUUUCACUCAUUUCUACACUCUAUUAUAAUCUACCAUAUUUUAUUUUAUUUUUCUGCUAUGUGUCUCACUUUGCAUUUUCUGCACUAUAUACAGGCAAAGUACUUGGCAACCUGCAGCUGAAACUUUUGUCCAAGUCCAAAAUGUAUGAAGAUCUGGCCCUGAGUGCUAUAUUCCUUCACAACAAUUACAACUAUAUCUUAAAAUCUCUUGAAAAGUAAGGCAAACCUUCUGAAUGAUAUGAAAUGUUUACUGCUUCACUAUCGGGGUUUUUCUUUGUUUGUUUGUUUUUAACCCCUUAAGGACACAUGACAUGUGUGACAUGUCAUGAUUCUCUUUUAUGCCAGAAGUUUGGUCCUUAAGGGGUUAAACAAAAGAUAUGUUGCUCUUAAAUUGCUAUUUUUUUUUAAAGGACCCAGUCCAAUGAUCUACAUAAAUCAACUAACCUUCUAAUCUUAAAAAUUAUUGUAUUUAUAUAAGCCAGUCUGCAGAUACGUAGAUGAUAUUUCUGGCCCUGGCAUAAAAAAAUGUUUCUCUGACAAAUGAGACGGUUAUGGAACAAAAGGAAGAUAAAUGGUUCUCUGCUAGGUGAAGUCUGAUUGUCUUGCUUUUUAAGUAAAAAAACUAAAUUUAACACAAGUAUAUAAAUUGUUGGGAGGCAAGAAGUUAACUCCAUAUUGCUGUUAUUUUUUCCUAUCUCUGGUGGUUUCUAAGAAAAUGUUUAUUUCCAUAAGAAAGAACAAAAGAUAAUUAAGGGGGGCGGUGAGUGGGCAGCCUUUCAUAACAAAUGUGUCCCCUAGGGAGCGUAGUUUGCCAUGGGCUGAAUUAGAAUUGUAAGUGGGGAGCAUAUGAGUGGAAUGGUAUAUAGAUCUAAGUAAGCCACCUCACCUUUUAAUGCAUAUAAAUAUAGAACUUAUGUUUACAUUUUUAGUUUUGCAGUUUAAUAAUUUUAAAAUCAUCGAUAAGAUAACCAUCUCCUGUUUAAUUUUUCUCAUCUUUUUUAAAGGGGCACUGUAGGCACCCAGACCACUUCAGCUCAUUGAAGUAGUCUGGGUGAUGUUACCCUUUUGCACUUAGUGCUGAAAUGUAAAACAUUGCAGUUCCAGAGAAAUGCAAUGUUUACAUUGCAGCACUAAGUCUCCCAGACAGCCACUGGGGGCGCUUCCGGAAUCCUAGCAGACUUUUGGUCUGUUAUCUGACGCUGGACAUCCUCACGGACCUCCAACGUGAGAUUUUUCCCCAUAGAAAAGCCUUGAAUAUUGCUUUCCUGUGGGGAGGUCUAAUGCACACGCGGCCAUUGCCGCACAUGCACAUUAGGUCUCCCCCACUGUCUGAAGUCUUUGCUGGAUUCAGGUAAGUAGCUGAAGGGGUUCUAACCCCUUCAGCCCCGAGGGAGGGGGGACCUAUUAACCCUAUAGUGCCAUGAAAACUGCUUUUGUUUUCAUGGCACUAUAGGAUACCUUUAAAAAGUAAAACAUGAUUUUAGAAGCUACAUAAUCAUUACUGUGGGGAUUUUCGCCUUUCAGCCUUCUGACUAGAUUUAUUUUUGGUCGGAUUCACUCUCCGCUUCCCCCACUUUUCCUACACCUAGAGUGUGUAUCAAUGCACAUUUCAGUAUUAUACUUUCAUCAAGGGCCUUUUAAAUGAUUUGCGUUGCUACUGAAUGAGGGCCUUUGCAUGAAAGGUCUUCUUAAUCUAAGAAAUUAGGCACAGCCUUUGUUCUCAAUACAAUCUCUUUAAAUUAUGUAAUUCAAACCUAGUCCCAGACUCUAGGAGUCUGCAUACAGGGUUCUAUCUACAGCUUUGUGUGGGAUUGUGAGCUAUCAUGUUAAUAUUCUGUAUAGUUCUCAGUUCUGUCUUCCAGAUGCCUGGAAAUAGUGAUAACUAUGCAUGUGGCUGAGUGUUUGUGUAUGUCCUCAGAUCAGAACUUAUGCAGUUGGUUUCUGUGACUCAGAAGAAUCCAGACAGUCUAUAUCGUGAGCACAUUGAACAGCAGAUUCAGAUUUACCAACGCAGGUAAGUUGAAAUAAACAUCUAAUUUUCCUCAUAAUAAUUUCUACUUUUAAGAACACCUUUUACAUUAAUAUUAAACGAUUUAUACUUGAAGCCCUGCUUUCUUUCUCCAUCUGCUAUAUUUCACGCAAGCAUGAGAGUACAGCACAGAGGUCUGUGCAGUAGACCACAAAACCAUGGCAUUCUCUAUACACCUACUUGUGUGAUUUGCAAGCAGAUGAUUGAUUUCCAGGGCCAUCGCUAGCUGUGACAAACUUAACGACAAAAGUCAGGUUUUCUCAACGUCCUGCUUGAUCGUAAGACAAAGUAGUCCCUACUUUCUCGUACAUCUUUUGCCUGUGUUGGAAUACACAGUGUGCUGGCAAUGUCUCAUCAUAAGAGUAAGAAGAGCUCCGGGAAACCGGACAAGCUUAAUUUUUUUUUAGCCAGAAACCACUAACUGCGUCCGUGGCUGUGCAGGCCUCAAAUCUAGACGAGGGCUUGGAAUCUGAUGGCGGACCCCCCGCGCGAGACCAGCAGACAAUGCCCAAAUCACGAAAGCUGACCUGGCAUCAGCACUAGACAGCCUGUCUACCAAACUGAUCUAAUCCUGGCAGCACAUGGCAGAAUCUAUGAGGAAGGACAUCCAGGAGCUGGGAAGACGGAUAACCCACAUGGAAGAUAAAUGCGACGAAUUCGCCACGGCCCACAAUGACUUAGCCUCUAAUGUAGAACACAUGGCGGCCAGGCUGGAUGCUCUCGAGGGGAAGAUGGAGGAUCUGGAAGAUCGCUCCCGUCGCAGUAAUUUGCGCCUGAGGGGCAUCCCAGAGGAGGUCGCUAAUGAAGACCUGCCGGCGUAUGUGCGGGGCCUGCUACACGCCCAUGCCCCUGAGAUACCGGCAGAUAUGUUGCUGGUAGACCAGAUCCACCGCAUCCCUAAGCCCAAGUACCUUCAGGGCACAUUACUACCAUAUUAAGGAGCACAUCCUUCGCGGCAGUAAGAUGCGGGCCACACCACCGCCAGAUUACCCCACCAUCAAGAUAUACGCGGAUCUGUCAGCGGCAACAUUAAGAAAGCGGAAAGCAUUCCACCAGAUUACAGCUACUCUGAGAACGCACGGCAUUACUGGUUGCCAAAGAUGGAGUCAUAACUACCUUCGCAAACCCAGACGACGGUGCAAAGCAGCUGCAAGUAUGGAACCUACAAGUAACACAGACAGUGUCAACGGCCAAACCUGCGGGUAAUCUUACCGCGGAAUGGAACAAGGCCGCUAAGAAACAUUGAGACAGCCGGACCCUGGCCGGAGGAGAGUGGGACCUGCAUGUGCCCCGACCCCAGAUUCCGUAAGAUGGCUGCCUUGGAUGUGCCCUUCACGCCAUCUCCCUUGUGGGACAGAAUACUCCAGAUGGAUGGGCGGUCGGGUCUGGGGUUCCCCGCCGACCCCGUGACGAGGCACGAGCAGAGCGGGACCCUCUGCGGGGACCCCCGGACCGGGCUGCACGAAGGAGGUAAGGGCUCUCCCUGUUCCCCUGCUGGUCUCCCCCUGCCCGGUGCUCGGCUCCCCCGGGACUAUGAACUGAUCGAGAGGCGGCAACGGACAAGUGACUCGCCGCACGGCAUAAUAAAUACUGGAUCCGGACACUGCCAACAGGUUAGCGGACUUACAGCUGUCCUCCGCCCACCUGCAUGCAUGUUAGACUAUGUACAUAAUAGGGUACCUAACUUUGCCAUUAAAGAUUACCCUACACAAUAUCACUCUACCCACUCCUCCAAAUCCAGAGGUGUUUCCCUGUUAAUCCAUGCAUCAAUAUCAUUUGAACUUCUGCUUUUAUAAAAGGUAUUAUACAUUAUAUUGCACUGUAGAAUUAAUGAUGUCAUCUAUAAUUUGGUGGGAAUAUAUAGCCCCAAUGAUAACCAGGGGAAUUUUUUGCGGAAAGUGCUUUCUAAAAUCCCUAUUACGCAGACCAGAGACGUACUUACUAUUAGUGCUGCCGAGAGGCUUCCCAAAAGCCACUCUACACCUCAUGUGUCAUAUUAUCAUUACAGCCCUGGCGGCAAUAGGAAAGAUGUGGCUCAGGGACCUUUCGCCAGAUAUUGGGCAAUGCUUGAGUGAGGUAGACAUCACAAAAUGGUACGAGAUAGAAGUGAGACGCCUAAGACCCAAGGGGGAGUUCUGGCGGGCAGCAUGGGACCAGUGGGAAAUUUGAUGACAACAGAACCUAAAGUCUUUUAAAUCACAGCGGCUUUAAACCCUUAACACAUACUUCUACUAUCAGUAGACUGACACACCUUCCCCAUACUUAACCUCUACCUAGUUUGCCCCCUCCCCUAUCGCCAGAGGACGGGAACAACAUAAACAGGACAUGAAUGUCCAUGGAGUUGACAUAAGAGUGACGAUACCCGGGGCUCCCCAUGUAUUGGUGAUAAAUGACAGUUAAAUGAGUAAGGGGAAGCAAGCUUGUUAUAUACUUGAUCCACUUUGGAAGGGUGGCGGAAUUAACCCUGGGUAUUGUCUGUAAUGUCUGAACAGUACAUCCCUUUCUCUUCUGUACCCUUUCCCAAUGACCUCUUAAAACUCAAUAAAAUAUUGAAACAAAAAAAAAUAAAAAAGACUUUUAGAAGAAACUUCAGGUGUGCCAGGAUAUUUCUUUUCUUCAACUUGAUGUCUUCAGGGAUUGACCCUGCUUUUCGGGAGCACCCUGCAGGAAGUAUUACCUUUUUUUGUGUGUGUGUGUGCAUUUUUCUUUUUCUUUUUCUUUUUUUUUUGCAACAACUGGAAUUCCAAUUUAGUCAGAAUGAGUAUUUCAUAAUUACUUUAUCUUGAUAAAAUACUCUCAGAAAACUAAUUUCUCAUGACUUACCAUUCCUUCUCGUUUUGUUGAACCGCUGUGACGUUUGUUUAUUUAUACCUGUAGUAGAACUUGCUUUUAAUCAGGAACAUAGCUGACAUCACUCCUAUUAAAAAAAUGUAAAGAAUCAGGAUUUUCAGCUGGCUUCUUUUGAAUUGAUAUAUGAAUGGCAAGCAAUCCCUCUUGUUAACAUAUGACAUAAUGCUCUCAGCCAUUUAAUACAGUCUAAUGCUCAUAUAAUUUGUUCUGAUCAUUCUAAAAUGUGAACUUCCUCAUUAGCAUAAGAAUUCAGAUCAGGAUGAUCAAGUGUACCCGAGUGUCUAUCGCUAUAGUUGCACAGACUAGCUCCGAAGCUUCAAAAUUUCUCUCUAUGCCUGCCUUUAUUGGACUCGACUGUGCUCCCCUACCCAUUAAGCCGGCAACCCUUCAGACCUUAUCUUCUUAAUCUUAUUAAUUGUAAGUCUUGUUUUAACUAGUGUACAGUGCUGUGGAAUAUGUUGGCGCUAUAUGUUAUAUGUUUUUUUUGUUUGUUUGUUUUUUUCGUGUGCAGAGAUGGCUGCAAGAAUUCUACGAUUUAAGCGCAUCCGUGUAUUUUGUGCCAUGAUAUAUAUAUUUUUCAUUUAUAAAUGUUUCUUUUUUCACAAACGAACAUCAUGUAAUACUGUACAUUGUUACCAUAAAUUGGGAUAUAGUGACUAGUACUUCAGCAAGGGGAAUCAGGUUUUUGAAUGUGUUAAAUGACACAUUAAUGCCACAACUGGUACAAUCACCAACUAGAAAGGAUGCUUAUCUGGAUCUUGUUAUAACAAACAAAGUUGAUCUUUUGACCAACAUUCAAGUAGGGGAGCAUUUGGGAAAUAGUGAUCACAAUAUGGUAAUAUUUGAAAUAUUGGGACCGCUUCUAUUUAACAUAUUUAUAAAUGAUUUUGAAAUCGGCAUUGAAAGCCAUGUUUCAGUGUUUGCAGAUGACACAAAACUUACUGUAAAGUAAUAACAUGUGAACGGGAUAUUGCCUUGCUGCAGAGGGAUUUGGAUAGAUUGGGGGUCUGGGCACUAAAAUGGCAGAUGAAAUUUAAUGUAGAGAAAUGCAAAGUUAUGCACUUCGGGGUUAAGAAUGCACAAGCAAUUUACACCCUAAAUGGUAGUGAAUUAGGAAUAACCACAUACGAGAAGGAUUUGGGAAUUGUUAUAGACAACAAAUUAGGCAGCAAUAUGCAAUGUCAGUCUGCAGUUGCUAAGGCCAGUAAGGUUUUGUCAUGUAUAAAUAGGGGCAUAAAUUCUCGGGAUGAAAAUAUAAUUUUGCUUCUUUAUAAAUCUCUGGUUAGACCACACUUUCAAUAUGCUGUGCAAUUUUGGGCACCUGUUCUAAAGAAGGAUAUCAUGGCACUAGAAAAAGCACAGAGACGAGCUACAAAAUUGAUAAAAGGAAUGGAGCAUUUUAGUUACGAAGAAAGGUUAAAAAAUGUAAAUCUCUUUAGUUUGGAAAAACGUCGCCUCAGAGGGGAUAUGAUAACGUUAUACAAAUAUAUUCGGGACCAGUACAAACCAUUAUCUGGAAAUCUAUUCAUAAACAGGCUUAUACAAAGGACACGAGGUCACGCAUUUAGGCUGGAAGAAAGGAGAUUUCAUCGAAGGCAAAGAAAGGGUUUUUUUUUUUCUGUAAGAGCAACAAGGAUGUGGAAUUCUCUGCCUGAGAGGUGGUUUUAUCAGAGUCCAUACAGAUGGUUAAACAGCAAUUGAAUAAAUACUUGCAAAAACAUAACAUACAGGGAUAUAAUUUCUAAUUAGUGGGGUAAUAGCUGCUUGAUCCAAGAAGACAUCUGACUGCUAUUUUGGGGUCAAGAAGGAUUUUUUUUCCCCUAGUUUGUUGCAAAAUUGGAAGCGCUUCAGACUGGGUUUUUUGCCUUCUUUUGGAUCAACAGCAAAAACAUUUGUGAGGAAGGCUGAACUCGAUGGAUGCAAGUCUCUUAUCAGCUAUGUAACUAUGCAACCUAUACAUGAAAUCCAAAUUGACAUCAAUCAUAACACUCGGUUAAUUUACAAUAUAAAUGUAGUACUUGUUUGUUACUUUCUUAUGAGCAGACAACCUGAUACAAUUAUUAUUAUUAUUUAUAUAGUGCCAUCAGAUUCUGUAGCGCUGUACAAUGGGUAAAAAAUUGCAUCUUAAAUCAAAUUUUUGGGAAAGGGUUCACAAUUUGCAUGUCUCUGUAACAUAAUACAUACUCUCCUAAAGUGAAUGCACCAUAAAGAUCCAUACAUGAGGAAAUGAGUUAAGAUUUAACAAAAAAUUCUGAAUAAAAAUAUAAAACUUUAAAACAGAACAAAACACAGCACUCUUCAACUUUUCGAAUAUUUGUAACACUAAGGUGGGUGUUCACACUUUUCCGAGUAAAUGUUUUGGGUAAUAAUCCUCUAUUCUGGUAGUGCUACUAGAGACCAGAUAAGGUCAUUCCUUUAGAGAUCUCCUGUCAAUGUAUUCAAGUUGUCUACCAGUUAACGUUGGGUGAUAUAUUGCAGCCCCAAUAGUUAGAUCCUGGAUAUGUUGUUGUCCAUAGUAUUGUUCUGCUACUCCCUUGCCUACCCAAAUCCCUCCAGUGUUCCCCUCUGUUAGUAUGGUACAUAUGUCUUUUUAUACAAGUACAAGUAUCCGCCUAUUUUAAUCAGUGGUAAUAUGCUCUUCUCAGUAUUCUUUUGUUUUUUUUUCCAUGGUUCCCAUAUUUUGUCAUGUAUAGGUUGUUAUUUGAGGACCAUCUCAUUUCCUCCAUAACCCUCAAGUUUUCUAUUCUGGAUAACCAUGCCGCACGCAAAGGUUGGAUAUUGUGCCAUGAUAUUUAUGUGCUGCGAAAUACCUAGUCUCUAAUCCCUUCUCGUUUCUCCUGCAGCUGGCUGAAAGUCACAGAUUAUGUUUCGGACAGGAACAUGCCAGCUAUUCAAGGACAAAAGGUGACUAAAAUGCACGUUGAAUAGCACCUGCAUUUCUUUGUUAAUCCCAAGUACAUUUAUUAAAACCCUCAAUAUGUCUCUUUUUCAGCUGAAGGAUAAAGAGCGACAGAUGAUUAAAGAGCGUUUCAAAGUGAGAAGGGAGUUGGGCGGCAUAUGGCCUAAGUCAACCAUUUUUCUAAUUUGCUGUCAAUGCAAACACUGUAUGUUAAAAUCUAUAUAUAGGGCAAGGUGUAGGAACAAAAAAAAAAUUAAAAAUUGUAAACUAAUGCAGUCAGUAGAAGAAAAAAGUAUAAGGAUUUAAAAUAAGCAUCUAAAACGCUUAACUUCCUAGUAAUGAUCAUAAAAAGCUAAACCUUUUCAAGCCUGUAUAGGAAAUCCAUCUUUCAUCUGAGCUGAUAAUUGCAGACAGGAGCCUGUGUUCUUGUGCUGUAACAUCUAUUACAAAACACCUGGUGUGAAAUACAGGGGCUUGCUUACAUACAUCAUCGAUGCAAUAAUCUCCCUAACAUACCAAGUGAAUUGCAGUUCUCAGUGUUAAGCUUUAGAUACAAUGAAAUAGCUAGUUAUUACAAAUGAUUUAUUUAUUUUAUUUUAUUUCUCUCUCUUUCUUUCUUACUUUUUUUUCUCUCUCUCUUUCUCCCUCUAUCCAUCUCUUCCUCUCUCUCUCUCUCCCCUUCCAAAACAACUUUAGCUUCAUGGAGUAUUUUUUGUUGUAUAUAUCAUACCACCUCUAUCUAACUGCCUAAUUGCAAUCUGGAAUUCAAUAAAUGUGUUUAUGCAGCCCUAGUCACACCUCCCCUGCAUGUGACUUACACAGUCUCCCUACACAUUUCCUGUAAAGAGAGAUGCAAUGUUUAAACUUCCUUUAUUGCACAGUACUAUUUAAUUCAGAAUUUCAUAUCUCCUGCUCUAUUAAUAGCUACAAUUUUUCUGCAGACUGUGUCAGUUACAGCCUCACAACGAGGUGAGGUAUGGCUAGUGCUGCAUAAACAGAAACAAAAAUGAUUUUACCCCUAAAUGGCAGAGAAUUGAGUAGUGAGACUUUCAGGGCAUGAUCUGUACACACAAACCGCUUAAUUAUGCUAAAGUUGUUUAGUGCUUAGAAUUGUUUUUGGUACUUAGAGUAUCUCUUUAAUCUCCUUAGCUAAAAACUGAUCAGUAGAUCAGAAACAAAGUUAAUGUUUUGAAUAUAAGCUCUCAUUGCUUUUGUGUUUUGUUAAUUGUCAUUGAGCUAUCUUGGUCGUUUUAAGUAGAUUUCUAUUAGCAGAGUUCAAGAGUUGAGAAUGUUUGUAGCGGAUAUAUAGUCCUAUAUCCAUCCAUUGUUUGUGCAAAUUACAGGACAUCUAAAGUCACCCAGACUACGUCACACCCAGUGGCCUGUCAUGCAGCAGCCCUCUAAUUUUAACCCUCAAUUGUAAAACAUUGCAGUUUUGUAGAAAAUUGCUAUUUUCAUAUUGCAGGGUUAAAUGCACCUCUAGUGGUUGUCUUCCAGACAGUCAUUAGAGGUGCUUUUACAGCAAUGACAGAGUGACCAAUACAGCUCAUAGGAAAGCACUGAAUGUAAUGCCUUCCUAUGUGAAACAUUUGGAUAUGCGCUCGCCACAUAUGCACAUCAGUCCCUAAUGAGAAUGAUUGGAUUGGACAUCUGUGAGAUAGCCAGGUAGCAUUGCAGGAGAAAGAACGUGUGGCAGCAAUGAGGGUCCAUGUCACUAUACUGUUAGGAGUACAGGUUUGUAUUCCUAAUGCUAUGGUGCUCCAUUAACUAGCUAGAGUGACAUUCUAGCAAAUGCAUACAAUGUAAAUGUAUUUUUUUUUUCUUUCUAUCUAAUGUGGUCAUAGGGAUUUAAUGAUGGUUUGGAAGAAAUAUGUAAAAUCCAGAAGUCAUGGGCCAUUCCAGACAAGCGUCAGCGGGAAAGAAUACGUCAAUCCCAGAAGAGCAUUGUGCAAGAGGCAUAUGCAGCAUUCUUACGCAAGUAAGAAUCAGGAGGAUAUUUGGUUUUUUUUUCUAAUCAACAAAAACAUUUUGCUCUUUUCCCAGGAGCCCAUGAUCUACCUCUUGAUCAGAGCUCAGAAUUUGCACUUGCCCAGUAGCUAGUAGCGAUUGAGAGUUUAGCCAUGACAAGUAGAGAUUUAUUCCUGAUGUGUGUACCAUGGACUCUCCAGGCUUCUAGUGACAAGUAACCUUUAGGCCUGUCUAGCAGAACAGAGCUUGACAUUUUUAGCCUCCUGCUAUUGAUGUUCUCCUCAAGUUCUUUCUACUUGACUGUGUUGCCCAAGAGCUUUUCUAUUUUAAUCGAUUACCUUUUUUUUUUUUUUUUAUUGUCACAGUGUAAUUCAAGGAUUUAAAGACAAAACAGAGUUUUGGUAUUGGUGCUUGCACCCCCUAGUUGGCGUGUUUGUUGAAUCCAGUAUUCAACCGUAUCUCAUAUCUGCGUUCAGUUCAGAAAAUGUUAUUCUUCCUUAUGCCCUCUCCUAGUUCAGCCACCCUCAUUCAGUCUUGCACACUGUUUUGCUACUUCUGAGGUCAAGUUUAGAAAAGAAAAAAAACUCCAGGUACCUCUGAGUACUUCCAAGCACUCCACCAGACUCCAUCAUCACCGUAGUCCCCACUUCCAGUGUUACAGCUUGGCUGGGGUAUCGGUGUCCUGCACCCACCCUGGACCCAAGACCAGGAUCCAGCUUCCUGUGGGCAGACCUCUCCUACCCAGCUUCCUGUGGGCAGACCUCUCCUACUCCAGAGAAUAUAGUGAUAUAACAAUCCCCAGAGACACAUACAAUGAUACUCUAUGUUAAGGGUAGGCAGGAACGGGUAGUUUAUUGGCAGCCACAACUGGCCUUAUAUUCAGGUCCCCAUGCAAGGGCCACUCCCCCCUGAAUCUGAGAGUAGACUACAGUAAAAACAACCACACAAUGACAUUGGCUCUCAGGUCCAGGACACUCCCAUACACAAAUGAAAUAAUCCCUCCUCUGUGCCUGGGAGAUAAUUGGACUAGAUUAGUACAGUUCCUUGUUCAAUUAUCUCAAAGUACAGAAAAACAUGCUUUUUAACAGUACCCUGAAAGUACCCCCCAAAACCCAUGGAAACAUCACAAAAGUUACAUCCCCUAAUAGCCCCGAUCUGGGUGACCAACAUAUCCAAAUCACCCAGAUCGGUUUAGGGGUUCAGGAAUUUCCUGGAAAUCAUAGUUUUGACCGACCGCACGCAUGGUUCCAUGCCCAAAACGGUUCCAUGAAAUAAGCGCUAAUGGUCGGUCAACUUCAGUAGUCUUUUACAGGUUUCCCUGCAGGGCCCAUAGUCUGUGGGCAGGUGGCUGCAAGCAAGCUCCUCCAGGAGCUCGUGGCAAACUCACAUGGAAAGGGGAGUUUGUCACAACAACCAUCAGAUAAGAUGCGCUUGUUUGAUCCUUGACUCCCGUUAAGAUUUGGUUCUAUAAUACUAUGAAACACGAAGUGGCAAAAUUGUUGACCGCCUUCCUUCACUUGUGUGUCCCACCACUCAUCUGUCCUUGCUUUGUUUAUAAUAUCUUAUAGAGUAACCUCAACCUAGUUAUUACCUUCAAUUGGCUAAUUAAAAACCCCUGGUCACUCUUUGGAUUAGCCAGGCUGCUGUGGCUGUCACAGAUGGUUGCCAAUAUUCUAUAUAUUUUUUUUAAAAUUAAAUGUAAAUUAUAAUUCUUGUGCUUCUUCCUUUCUUGCAGGUAUGGCACUGGUGUUAAUUUCACCAAGAAUCCUGAUAAAUACAUUAAAUAUUCAGUGGAGCAAGUUGGAGACAUGAUUGAGAGGUUAUUUGACACAUCUGCAUGAAGAUCUUAACUUCCUUAUGAUAACUGUAUAUAUUAUAUAUAAAUAUUCAACCUCCUAAAUCUGUAUAUACACUAAGAACAUAACUCAUUAAACUCUAACCUCAUUUACCUGG